GUCGGAAGAAGAGCAGCGAGCGGACGGACGGAGACAUGCCCAGCACUCGACGAUCCUCCACCGCCGCGACUGCUCCAGCGCCUCCUGCCCUCUCCUGAGCAUACCCGACCGGCCACCGGUGGCCGCCGAGCACACAUGGAUUUCCCCGCGGAGGAUCUGCUUCUUGUGCUCAGCGCGUGAUCGCCCGUUCCCCCCGGCAGCCUCGGCCCGACUCCCCCAUGAAAAACACUCUCUGGAGCGGCGUGAAGAUGUCGAGCAAAAGCGCGGAAUGGCUGCAGGAGGAUCUGCAGGCCGGCGGAGGCUCGCUGCUGCUGCUCGACUGCCGCCCGCACGAGCUCUUCGAGUCCUCGCACAUCGAGUCCGCUAUCAACCUGGCCAUCCCUGGGCUCAUGCUGCGCAGACUGAAGAAGGGCAACCUGCCCAUCCGCUCCAUCAUCCCGAACAACGAGGACAAGGAGAAGUUCGUCAAACGCUGCAAGACGGACACGGUGCUGCUGUACGACGAGGCGACGGCGGCCUGGCCGGAGAGCGGCUCCGCGGGCUCGGUGCUCGGCCUGCUCAUGCAGAAGCUGCGGGAUGACGGAUGCAAAGCCUUCUACCUGGAAGGAGGAUUUAACAAGUUCCAGACUGAAUACCCAGAACACUGCGAGACCAACCUGGACUGCUCCUGUCCCAGCAGCUCUCCACCCUCGUCUGUUCUGGGUCUUGGUGGACUGCGUAUUAGUUCGGAUUGUUCUGAUGGAGAAUCGGACCGGGAGCCUGGCAGUGCCACGGAGUCCGAGGGCAGUCCGUUACCCAACAACCAACCAGCAUUCCCAGUCCAGAUCCUACCGUAUCUUUACCUGGGCUGUGCCAAAGACUCUACCAACCUGGACGUUUUGGGCAAGUACAACAUCAAGUACAUCCUGAACGUCACUCCCAACCUGCCCAACAUGUUCGAACACGACGGGGAAUUCAAGUACAAGCAGAUUCCCAUCUCUGAUCACUGGAGCCAAAACCUAUCUCAGUUUUUCCCUGAAGCCAUUUCUUUCAUAGAUGAAGCUCGUUCCCAAAAGUGUGGCAUCCUGGUGCACUGCCUGGCCGGCAUCAGCCGCUCGGUGACGGUUACGGUGGCGUACCUGAUGCAGAAGCUCAACCUGUCGCUCAACGACGCCUACGAUUUCGUCAAGCGCAAGAAGUCCAACAUCUCACCCAACUUUAACUUCAUGGGGCAGCUGCUGGACUUCGAGCGGACACUCGGCCUCAACAGCCCCUGCGACAACCGCUCGCCCAGCGACCAGCUGUUCUUCACCACACCCACCAAUCACAACAUGUUCCAGCUGGACUCUCUGGAGUCCACAUGAGGGCCGCCGGGCGCCGGCGAAUGUUAUUGUCCUGCUAACGCAGGAGCGAUCGGUCCACGGCGCAGCACACGGCCCUCAGGAGCCCGGCAGCUACUGCGGAGGAUUUUACUGCAGCUUCUCUUGCCUUCAUGAAACAGACUGUUCUGGAGUUUCUCUGACACACACACACACACACACACAGCAGAAGAAACGUCAGACUUUUGCACAGCGUCGAGAAGAGCGAGCAGAGCGUCUCCAAGGGUGCCAAUGCGGGAUUUUGUAAUAUUUGGGAGCAGAAGCCACAGCGUCUGGCUCUUUGUAUAUUUGCUGAUGAUGUCCAAAGUAAGUGACGGUGUGUUGGAGCACCGACUGACACAAACAUUGUGAUUCUCCCCUCUUUAUUUUCUCUAGCGCGUGUGCGUGCGCGUUUGCAAUGACCUAAUGCGUUUUGCACAGUGGUGAAGCCUUUCACUUCUUGGCACUUAAAGCGGUUCUCUGACACACACACACACACACACACACACACACACACACACACACACACACACACACACAGAAGGAGACAUUGAGCGGAUUUGCUAGGCUGAGAUGAGCCGCGCAGCUGCGACACACACACACACACACACACGCACUUAAAACGCUCAUUGUUCCUUAACUGCAAGCGACAGAUCCACGUUUGUGUCCCGGCGUGUUGCUCCGGGUUCACCUCUUGGCCUUCUCUGGUGAUUUACAGUAUGAAUAUAUUGUAUUAAUUUCUACAUAAGAGUAUAUAUGUAUGGGCUCUGUGUUUGGGCAUGCGAUCUUCUCCAGGCGGGGCACGUCACCGAAUGUUGAGGACUGUUUUUUUAACUACUCCUGCCGCUCGGCGCGGGCGGGCGGCGGGUCAGCAGUGUGUAGCGAAGGCGUUCCUGACGGGAGCGAGCGACUGGACACCGGAGCGGACGAGUGCGCGAGUUAACAGGGUUGCUUUAAGCUGGCCUUAUAUAACCUUUUUAAUUCUUUCCUACUCUUGACUGUUCAAUACUCUUUAUAUCUGACUUUAGAAAUCGUCAAUUGUAUUACGACGUUUGUUUCUUUCUUUGUUGAUUUUUACAGAACCGAGAUGUAGUAAUAAUAGACGACUAAUGGUCUUUAACGGGUCAGUUGUGUUUGUUACUCUGCAAUAUACUCCGCAGCCCUCUGCAGUAUUUUCUAGAAACGGCCUCGGGUUUUUGACUCCUCCUACUUUUGAUACUAGGCGUCCACAGAAGCCGCGGCAGCUCUUGGUUAGCCGGCCGGGGUGAAGCGCGUCUGGGUGCGUUUCCAUCCAUUCCCUGCAGAAUAAAUGUGCUAUAUAUACUGACUCCUGUGGCCUUUUCUCAUAUAUCUCUCUCUAUAUAUACAAUAUUCAUCUUGUGCAGAUAUGCAACAGCGUCGUCCCCUUAAUAUAUGGUUGCGGAUGGCGAUUUGUCACCCAAUAAUAACAGCGCGACGCUCCAAGCACCCCGGCGAUAACCUGGUUAACUCCAGCAUCUUUAUUUGGUCUUGAUUUCAGGCCGCUUCUCGUGGAGGAAUGUCUGCAUCAGUAACCGAUGGGAAAGAGAGACCUCCUGGUUUAAUUCUCUCUGUUGUAUAUUUGCCAGAACAGUGGACAUUUCUUGUAGCUACACAGCGGUUCUGCAGUUUAAUAACAGUAAGAGCGACACGCAGACGAGCGAAUAAGGAAAUGUGCAUCUUACCUCACCGAGGAAUUUUUCAGGGAUUUUUAUUUGACAAUGCGUCGGCAUCGUGUUACAGCUUCAUGUCUAAAGCUGUUUUAUAUGUGAUGUAAACAUUUUUUAUUAUUAUUACAGGAAAGAUACAAUCUCUAUAUAUAUAUAUAUAUAUGUGUGUGUGUAUAAUACUGGGCGUGGCAACCGGGCAGUUCAACUCUCUGGUUUAUGAAGGAUAUUAAAUUGUCCCUAUGUAUUGUACAGUAUAUGAAAACCAAUACGAGACUUGUUUGUACUGCAAAUAAAUAUGGAAUUAUUUUUUUGGUUAUA